GGUUAGGAAAGAAUAAAGCGAUCAAACAAAUUUAUGGCAACUGGGAAGAGUCUUACAAUCAACUUCCACAAUGGUUGUUGGUUAUGAAAACGUUUGCUCCAGGAACUCAAAUAGAAAUGGAAACCAUCCCAACUUAUCAUGAGAAUAGUUUGAUAAAUGGGAUAACGAUUUUUCAUAGACUAUUUUGGGCUUUCGUUCCGUGUAUAUCUGCGUUUAAAUUCUGCAAACCAAUGGUACAAGUUGAUGGGACUUGGCUGUACGGCAAGUACAAAGGAACUCUAUUGGUAGCAGUUGCACAAGAUGGGAACGACAACGUAAUUCCUAUUGCUUAUGCUAUUGUGGAAGGUGAGACAAAAGAAGGUUGGAGUUUCUUUUUGAGAAAUUUGAGAAAAUUUGUCACUCCACAAGCCAACAUUUGUUGGAUUUCCGAUAGACAUGAAUCUAUUAAGAGUGCUUAUAAUAAUCCGAAUAAUGGGUGGCAAGAUCCUCCGUCAAAGCAUAUGUUCUGCGUCCGACAUAUUGCACAAAAUUUUACAAGGGAAUUUAAAGACAAUGCUUUGAAGAAAAAAGUUAUUUCUAUGGGUUACUCUAUCAACGAGCCUACAUAUCGAUACUACCGUAGAGAAAUCGGCAUGCUAAAUCCGGAUGCUUUGAAAUGGUUAGACAACAUACCUCGACAAGAUUGGAUUCAAGCAUUCGAUGGAGGUAGUCGUUGGGGUCAGAUGACAACCAACCUUGUGGAGUCAAUCAACGCAGUAUUAAAAGGCCCGCGCAACCUUCCCAUCACUACUUUGUUGCAAUCGACUUAUUUUAAAACAGGGACACUAUUUCCAACCAUGGGAAAACAACACGCAUCGAUUUUAGCUUCUGGUCAGCAGCAUGCUCUAGCAUAA